CAUAACAAAUCGCCGUCAGUGUAAAUUUUUUUUGGAUCAAUUUUGUUGAACAAAGUUUCGGCAAUCAUGGCGAGUCGAAUAUUCAAGCUUUUCAGCCUCGACUCGCCAAGUAUGAUUCAAGCCCGUCAUGUUUUUACAAGAGGAAAGCCACCCUCCGAGGCACGCUCUCUCAAGCAAAGGAUCAAAGAAAUAGAGUGCAAGGAUCCGUCGAUCCACUACAAAGUGGACAUUGGCUUUACUGUCGCUAAGGUGACUGGUUCUGAGGCCAGAAAAAAGAGGCUGGCAGAGUUGAAAGCCAGAAAGCAAGACCAAGAAUUGGAAAAGCAAGCUAUUCACAACAAGUUGGUCGUGGAUCUAGAAAAAGUCAAAGAAGAUUGGAUGGAGGAAAGCUUGCCUAGUCAUAUCCACACCAUAGCUAAACAUUACGGAAUAUACGAUGAUUUGUAUGGAGAUGGUUACUUUUAUCCUGUUGUGCCUUUAACUGUUGAUUUUGACUAUGGACACGACGAGCUCUUGGCUAGCGUGCACAGAGGUAAUAUCAUCAAAUCUUGCGAAGCUGUAAAUGCUCCUAGUGUAUCAUAUCAAGCUGAGCCAGAUACACUGUGGACUCUUUUACUCACAACUCCUGAUGGAAAUCUUACUGAUCCAGAGCUAGAGUAUUGUCAUUGGUUUGUUGGCAAUAUACCAGGAAAUGAUGUAACAAAGGGAGAACAAUUGAUAGAUUAUAUGAGGCCUAUUCCUUCCAAAGGAAUAGGAUUUUGUAGGUAUGUUUUUGUACUGUACAAGCAAGAUAAGAAAAUAGAUUUUUCAGAGUACAAAAAGGAACAGCCAUGUUUAAAUCUUGUCGAACGAAAUUGGAAAACUUAUGAUUUUAUGAAGAAACAUCAAGAUUACGUAACACCUGCUGGACUCGCAUUUUUCCAAAGCGAUUACGACGUGACCGUCAAAGAUUUUCUUUACGACAAAUUAAACAUGGAAAAUCCUACGUUUGAAUACGAUUUUGCAAAACCAGUUCUCGCGAAACAGAAAUGGUUUCCUAAAAAAGAACGUUUCAACAUUUACAUGGAUAGAUACAGAGACCCAAAGCAAAUCAACAAGGAAUACUUGAUGAAAAAGUUGAAAAAAGAACACCCAUUUAAAUUCCCAGAUCCACCCCUCAAGUAUCCAAUGGCGCAUCCAAUAAAAGGAUACUCCCCUUCGUGGUUGAAUAUCGAAAUUAAAAAGGAGCGCAUCAGUCAUGGCCGAAUAAACGAUUAUAAAUUACAGUCCGAGCACUCGUAUUAAA